ACCAUAUGAAAUUGUAAACAAAAUUAUAGUGCGUCAUUAUCGCAUGUUUUGUGGGAUUUGUUUACUUUUGUAAUCGACGUUGACGCUUUUGGCGGUGGGCGGUCUUUAUCAGUGUAUUUUAUAUCUUUUAUUAUUAUUUUUCCGUAACAUCCUUUGUGGAAUUGAUAAAAUGAGUACUUGGUUGUUGCGUCAUACCAAGGUGUUGCGCGUUGUUGGUGAAGGAGCCCGAGGAAUUCCCUUGCAUGGUACUGCGCCGGCAAGGUCGCGCAGAGGGCACGUUGCUAUCCAGUUUAAAAGCCUGCGAGUGGCGGCAGGGGUCGCGAGUGUGGUCAGUGCCUGGCGGUGGGGGCGUACUGUUGGGUUGUGAUCCUCUGCUGAGCGUGUUGAGUUGCAUUCUGUGUGUUGGGACCAGUGCAAAUUGGAGUGUGAUUGCCACACCUGACCAAUCAAGAUGAGCACCAUGAAAGCCCUGCAGUACAACCGACCGACCAAGACCCUGACGCUGAGGGAGAUACCCGUACCAAAGAUUGUCAGGGAGGACGAUGUGUUGGUUAAAGUUGCAUUCUCAGGCAUCUGCGGAACUGAUCUGCAUGCAAUUAAGGGCAACUACCCAACUGCCGAGCAUGACGUCACUCUGGGCCACGAGUUCUGCGGCAUCGUCAUGGAGGUCGGCUCGGACGUGAAGAACGUCAAGGUCGGAUCGGAGGUCACCGUCGACCCGUACAGGGGCUGCUUCAAAUGUCGGCACUGCGCCGGUGGAAACCCGCAGUUCUGCAUCUACGAGGGACCGCGCAACGCGCUGGGCUUCUUCCGUGACGGCGGCUGGGCAGAGUACUGCCUGGCGCCGGCCCAGCAGGUGCACCGCAUUCCGCCCGAGAUCAACCUGAGCCUCGAGCUGGCCUGCCUUGUCGAGACGCUCUCCACCAUCCAGCACGGCUGCGACCGCAUCGGCAUCAUCCCGCACGACGCGCGCGUGCUCAUCAUCGGCGCCGGCAUCAUCGGCAUCCUGUACGCGUGCAUCUUCCACCUGCACGGCCACCGGCAGUGCAUGAUCUCCGAGCCGUCAGCCGAGCGCCGCGAGCGCAUCAACGUGCUAGAGCUCGGCUACCAGACGAUGACGCCCGACGAGACACGCGCCAUCAUGACCGAGGCCAUGAAGGACCUGGAGCACGAUGGGCUUGACUACGUCAUCGACUGCUCCGGCUACGCGCCGGCCGUCGAGGAGGCGUUCCAGUGGCUGCGCAAGGGCGGCCACCUGUGCUUCUUCGGCGUGGCGCCGCCCACGUCCAAGAUCAGCAUCUCGCCCAACCAGAUGUUCCACAAGGAGCUGACCAUCCUGGGCACGCUCACGAACCCCUUCUGCUACCCCAAGGCCACCGCCCUGACGGCCGCGCUCGGUAAGCGCUACCUGGACUUCGAGAAGCUCGCCAUCGAGACGUUCGAGCUGUCCGACUACGAGAAGGCGCUGAGCAAGCUGGCCAGUGGAGUCAUCUCCAAGGCCGUCUUCAAGUUCCCAGUCUAGGCGUCCGGGCGAAACCUGCCGUCCGUUCGGACUUACACACGCAGACACAUACACACAUACACGUGAAUCACAUACACACACACAGACGGUGACACACGCUAGUCAUUUAUAUGUAUUUAUGUCGGUGUCAUGUUAGAUGUUUUCCGGAGUUGAGUCGUCGCCGGUCGAGGGCGCACUGCCGCUGCUGCCGCUACUAAGACUGCCGUGCCAUAUGCUUGGUUUGAGUCGCUUACCGCGCUUUCUCGCUGGUCAGAGGUGGUCGCUCGACUAACGGAUCGUCUUAUAAUCGCUGGGAGCCGCCUGCCUAUUGCCAAAUAGAACUACACAUUGUGACGAUUUUUUGUCGCGCCCUUUCCGAGAGCCCGCCAGCUUUCUGUCGGCCGCUGUUCAUCUCUCUUCGCUGGUCGGGAAAGAGGAGCGCCGCCGCGGCCGGCUGUUGUUGAGCAUUGUUGGAGGUGCGACAGUCGAAGGUCGGAAAUACAUACAAGGUACGGUGUGA